AUGAAGCCUCUCAACACAUUGCUAGCAGUCACAGCUGUGAGCCAAUGCGCUCAUGCUGCCGCAGUGCCUAGCUCUAAUGAAGUAGAACUGGCAUCACGAUCACAGGCUCAUGACAACAGCUACUCAUACUCAGAACGCUCGGAACACGACGACUUAUGGAAGAGGAAAGGCGGCGGCGGAGGAGGUGGCCGCGGAGGUAGCUCUGGAAGCAGCAGUGGUUCAUCGUCAUCAGGUAGGUCAGGAUCGUCCGGGUCCUCAUCAUCGGGGUCCUCAAGUUCAUCCGGUUCGUCCCGGGGCUCAUCAGGCUCCUCAUCAGGCUCGUCUGGCUCGUCUGGGUCUUCAAGCUCCUCGUCAGGUUCAUCAGGUUCAAGGGGGUCAUCUUCCAGUUCGGGUCUGGGAUCAUCAUCAUCAAAUACCGGAGGCCGAACAACAACAGGCAGCGGCGUGAAGCCAUCAUACGGCUCUGGCGGCAAAUAUUAUGCUGGAGGUGCAACGCAACCAUACAAAGCAGGCAGUGCCAGUGUCACUUCUAGAAUCGUUCCCGGACUAUUCCUUGGAUCGGCUCUUGGAUUCUGGGGUGCAUAUUGGCUUGCUGGAGCGUACCAUUACCCAUAUGCACACCCCUACUCGUAUUACAACCACUCGUCGAACCAAAACGAGACCAAGCCCGUCGAAUGUCUUUGCAAAACAGACGAGGAGUGUGGUUGCGAGGAUAACUCUUCCGACGAGGAGUAUAUGAACGGCAUCCUUGGCAACGGAAGCUACGACGGACUGAACAAGUCUGUUGUCACCGUCGCGAACGUGAACGGCACGGACACGAUUUUUAUCAACGGCACCUUGGCAAACGGUACGACUGCUUCGGGUGGCACAGAGGAUCCUAAUGCUGCUGGCAGUAUGAAAUCGCUCCUUCAGGCAGCCGGAUGGUGGCCUCUUGCCGCCACUGCACUUGCUCUCGCUUACGUUGCGUAA